AUGCAGUGUCCGCCGGCCGUCCGUCCGUCUAGACCGUCUCGGCACCCGACCGAAUUCCUCACCGCCUCCCUUCUCCCUCCUCCCAACGCCCCCGGAGCUCCAUCUCCCACCUCCUCAAACCCGGGGCCCACAUGCACCGGAAGGCCUUGCCGCUUCGGUCCUGGUGUGUCGGAGACCACUCCGGUACAAUGCCACGCGAGAGCCGUGAUUGGCGGGGUGGCCUUGGAACGGAACACCAGCACUGUAGUACGAGUUCGCCAAUCGCGCCUCAAGGCCCAGGCCACACAAGGGCGGUCUCUCUCCCAUUUUGAGCCACAGUUGCGGCAUGCCUUUCAACGCAUCAACGUUCACGCCCCCCCUUGGGACCCUUUCCCCUGUCACGCUGGGAUGAUCGCGCGUUCCCAUUCGUUCAGCAGGGGAUUCCAAGGUGUGGUGCGUGCGCUGCUCUCAAUCUGUCAUCCCAUCCAUCGCUGA